AUGCCCCGGUACCGAAAGCUUCCACCCAUCUCCCGAACUCCAACACCACCCCCCGAUUUUCUUCGACGAUUGCGACCCUUCAGCUGCAACCCCUUUGAGCCGGUGGAGGAGGAUGGUCAGGAUCGAGACGAUGGCGAUGACGAAGAUGUGAAUGCCGCGCCAACGAACUUUACUAGUCACUCUUUCCCCUUGAUCAAGGGGGGCCGGGAGCCUAAAAAGCAGUAUCUGCCGGUUGGGAAACACCCUGCCGGAAGAUCGAAACGCCAAAGACUUGAGAAACAACCGCAAAUUGAGGAGGACUCACCGGAUAUCGUCUUAGAAAAUGAAUCAGUUUUAGAGUGGGAUGCUCUUGGGUCAAUCUUUGUCGCCGGGGGCUUCUUGAUGAUGGGUAACGGGUUCGGCGGGAGUGGGGUUGAGGAGGAUGAGGCUGGGGAGCCGGAUGGUGAGAAUUCACCCGGGCCUGGAACUGAGCAGGCCAUGAACGAUACUCGCUCUGCUGUUACGGGGUCAGGUGGGGAGGAUAAUAUUCAGGGAAUGGGAGGAGAGACCAUGGGUAGUUUGCAGAGCAGUGAAGCACGUGCUACAGCAAAACCCUCGCAAAGACCCAAUGCUCGGCACAGCUACAACAUAAACCCCAUAGUCAAAGGCCACCCCCUCACUGCUACUCCUUUUGGGCCUAAGGAAUCCUCGCAAGUGUUGGAUGUUGCUAAUUGCAAUACUGGAGAGCUGGUUUCCAGUGGAACGGGUACCCAUGACAAUUGCGGUACUGGUCCCGGUGGCCCCAACCCGACAGCUUCCUCUGCGGAGCCAGCCGGAGAUGGUCGAGAUUUUAGAGAUACCAGGGAACACGCUCAACUUACAGUCCCUCUGCCCCUCGAUGAUAAAGGGAAGUCAGCCAAGAAAGCCACUAGUCCCACCUCCGCCGAAACUGAAGUCGGCAAACAAACAGUGCGGCCCAUGGUAGAAUCGGUUGUCCCACCUACGGCUUUGGCCAACAGUGGGCCUCGGGAGUUGCCGAGCGGGAAUACUGAACCGAAAAAGAGGGCUGAGGGGGACGAGUGGUUAAAAGGUCUUACCUUUGAAAUUCUCGCCCUCCCGGAACGUAUUGUUACCAAUAUUCGGGGGCGGGAUUUUUUCGAUUCGAGAAGCCACAAACUCUGCUGGGAUGAAUUAAAGGAGAAAAUAGACCAAGGUCUCGGGAUUGGGCCCAAUUUACGCCAUUCUACAGUAAUAGUAAACUGGAAGUUUCGGUUAAAAACCCAGGCUGAUUUGGAUAUCUGUAUCGAGCGCCUCACACCACAUGGCCGUCCGAUCCAUCACGUCGUCGUCCUGUUUUGCAGCACUGAUUCAAGUGCCAGUGCGAACACAGGUGUAAAGAUAGACGAAGAAUCCAUAACAAAACAAGUUGUUGAACUGUUGGAAGCUCAGGACCGCAAUUAUUGGAUGGGAAAGAGUGUUACACCUUCUGUGACAGAUCUGGUUCCUGCCAGCAAAGACAUUAAUGCGGGCGUUGUGUGGGGCAAGCUUCCCGGCGAGGCUCAAGAUUCUAUUCGACGAAACUUUGGUAACCCUCAACUAGCCCUACUUCGCCCUCCAGCGCCUCUUUCAGAAAACCCUACGACACCCAACCCUACACAGUCCAGCAUAUUGCACAAGCUCAUACCUGGCAUACCUAUUGCGCCAAAGCCUCCUCUGUGGAGAACACCCAACUCACCUUCAACCUCUCGCUCAGAAACAAUCGGGACUGCAGUUGCUGGGACUCAAUUACACCCCUCUUCAAGGGCACGCCAAGUUACGCCAGAGCAACUGUCAGGCCAAAUUAUGGCUCCCGGAAAUAAAUCGGGCAACAAAGCGGACAACAGUCCCGCGCCACCUAAUACAAAUGGCGCUCCAACGCCAGCAGCUACUAAGUGGAGAUCUAAACCCUCGGCCCGGAAUUCAUCGCCUCAGGUUUCAGCUAGCUUUCCGCAUAAUCUAGCGCGCGGCGGGGGUGUUCAAGUUCAGCGGAACACAAGAUCGAAUUCUAAGGCUACAAAAUUGGGUUUAUUGGAUCAACCCCAAAAGGGAUCGGAGGCUUCCGAGCCCUCUGAUCAGACAUCAGCAGGCGCCGCUUCCGCUAAUAUUCAAAGGUCUUCGCCCAAGAGGCGCGCUUCGACUGGAAGAUCGUCUCGGGCUAAAAAGAGGCUUGCGAAGUCAACCAACCCCGCUGGCAACCCACAAGGUAAGAUACUCCCGGAUAUCCGAAGAUUUUUAGUUAUCCUAAAUUUUAUAUGGACCGCUUUAACACAAUUCUCAAAUAGCAUUGACUUCUCAUGAUCAGCAAUCUAGCUCGAACGCCUUUAGCGCAAGUAUGGGGCCACCCUCUCAGGAUCAAGCAAGCAUGGCUACCUCUAAAGCCUUGGCGACGGCUUGUGGGCUUGCUGGGGAUGAUCAUUUGGAGCCAAGCUCUGUCAACGAUACCAUGGACAUGGACCCGCCCACAACUAAUAGCGCGAAGGUUGGCGCGCAAGACGCAGAGCCCAAUGAUCUCUCUAUAAACGAGGGAAAUGCUAUGGAUAAGGCGAACGCAGGAAACGCAGUAUAUGCGAUGGACGAAGUAGACAUCCUUCUUAAAGCCGUUAUGGACGUUUACAAUUCUACAGAGAAACAAUCCGUUCCUCAAUCUAUGAAAUCUCUUACACCCUCUGCGGAUCGGCCAGGAGAAGGCGAUUCGGCCAAUCGAGGAAAUGCGCCUGCCGUUCUUGUUAAAACAGCCCUGCCCAAUGGGACUGAGGGUGGAAUUAGCGCCCGUGGUAGCAAGAGUUUAAUCGUCGGUCCCACACCUGUAGAGGCUCCAUCCAGUCCACCUCCUAGUCAGUCCCCUGCGCCCGUGGUUGGUGAGCCCAGGCCAGAGAUUAGGACAGACAAAGGAGCCGGACCUGCUACAACUACAAAACCUCAGUCCUCAGCCUUAAGAAGUAGUGAGGGCAGCGGCGUUAUCACGGGAAAAAGGAGUUUAAUCGUCAAACUGAAGACUAAAGGAACUGCUGUGCCUUUUCCGCCUAUCACCAACAGUGAUGCAACGAACCGACCACAUGAGACUCCGGACCAAGGUCCUGAUCAAGCCCCAGAUCACCCCCCAAACCAACCAAAGCCGAAGCCUGUCUGGCCAGUCCCCCCGCCUCCGCUUUCGGCAUCCCCUCCAGCCAUGAAAGUUCCGCCGGCCCCUCGCCCACCUAUUUAUCGCAAACCAGAUCCCCCGGUCUCGAAACCUACAGAAAGCGCUAAAGCCGCAGUCAACGAUAAACCUCGGGCAUCUGAGCAAGCUAUUCCAACAGCUACCCCAAGCCCGAAACCUGGAUCGCUCAGUAAAAAUCCGUCACCUGAGCCUUCAGGAUCCCUAGUCGCUGGGUCAGAUGCUUUAGCAGCCGCACGGAAGAAGAUAGAGCAGGAAAAGGGUUUAAAGAGCAAAACAAAAAAUGCUACAAGUAACGCACUUCCCACGCCUAUUCUGCCGCCGAGGUAUCAAGACACUCGUACUCAAUCGCUACAAUCGCAGCCACCGGAGACUAGUUCAGCCCGGCCAUCACUUCGGCCAUCGACCCCCUGCACUAAUUCGCAAUUUGCCGUUCAUAAACCAGCCUCUUAUACAAGACCCUCUCCGAGCUCUGAUACAAAGAGUGCUAGCACUUCAGGCGUUACGAAAUCUAGUCUGCAUAGAGAGGCCGUUCCGCUUCCCCGUGCUGUUCCUGGGCCGCCCGAUAUGCCUGCCCCAACCCUGACAAUACCUCCUCCCCCACCGACAAGUAUGGCCAUCUCACCUUCCGGGAACACGGACAACAUUCGCUGGAUCCAGGGGAAAGCAAAGGACGCUACUGUAAAUGCCGUGGCUUCGCCCCCCUUCCACAAAGCCACAAAAUCUGCCCCGGAAGAGCCCUGCUUAAAGUUUACACCCUUGGUUUCCAAGUCGAAUUUUCUGUACUUUGAGCCUCCGGCCGUUAGAAAGUCACCCGGCGGUAAGUUGACGGAAAAUCCACCCCCACCUCUCCUCUCAUGAUUAUUAAUUCCCGACCAAACCAGACUCCCACGAAAAGCAACCAACCACUCAGGAUCUCGUCCCACUAUUCGACUCACCCUCCACAAACCCGUCCGACACUAAGCCCAAACCCGAACGCAUGGUUUUUACCGUAGCCCGCUACAAAAACAACGCCACCACCCCGCCCCACUCCGCCGAGUUCUACGGGCACGAGAUCCUAUUGACAGGCGAAUCCAACAAGUUCUCCUGGGAGAAACUUCGCGGAAUUCUGGAGUCACGCCAUAAAUUCGUCGACUUCAAGGAAUGCCUCGUUAUCAACCUUUUCCAUGUCGUGGAGAGCGAGAAGGAUUUGAAUGAGGGUUUAAAUCUAGGGGUUUACCUCAACAUCAAUGAUGUUCUUAUUGUUAAGGUUGAUCCAUUAGGGAGAUUGCCGCCGCCAUUAGUUGCUGAGAUGAAAGCCGCCAGAUUGGCAGCAAGGAAGGCUGGGAAGGAGACUGAGUAGUUGCUUGAAAGGCUGGAGGGUGCUGUCUUGCUUGCCUUGUUCUAGCCUAUUUUCAUUUAAAUCCGAUAAUUUCAUUCUGUCGUCUUCAGAUACCUCGGGGAUUCUUCCCAUUUUCUUCCUCCCUCCCUUCCCUCAGUAUUUUUUCUUCCCAUCACUCCAGUCCAAUUAUUCCUAAUCUUUCCUCUCCUUCCUUCGAUCUCGUUUCUUUCAUCUCUCUGGGCAUCUUCAUGGCAUUUAGACAGGAGCGGCAUGGCGUGCGUGGGGGUUUUUUGUUCACUUGCUUUUCAUAUUUGCUUACGAGGUCGAUGGCAAGGUGUUGUAUCCACACAUUACAUACAAUAUUCCUAUGUAUUAUUAUGGCUUUUUUUCUUCCUUUUACGCCGGUUUUACGGGAUACCCAUCGACAUAUACUUUAGCCCCGUAUCCUGGAUCUGGGUACUUUUUUGCUGUUAAGCGUUUUGGCGGAUAUCACGUCUUUGGGUAUGAGAGCUUCUUUGGUACCAUAUCACACCGUUGGUGUAUCGAGUGAGUCUGUGACGUCGCCUUGGGGGCGCAGGCUGGCGAGAGUAGAGAGUCAAGUGCGCGGAUGCCGUGAUAGCUAGUGGAAUAAAAAUCCGUUGGGUUGGAGCGAUAGGGUUGGGCUUCAGAACGAGUUACUCGUUGACAGCUGCGUUGGUUUGUGAUUGUAUCUAGUGUGCCACAAUGGAGAGAACCUAU